AUGAAUUGUCUUUUCUGUUAGCCCAUUAGGAUGACUUUAUAUGGCAAUAAUUUUGAAGAAAUGCAGUUUAAAGGUAGACUGAAAUUAAAUUAAUUAUCAAGAAAGUAUCCUUACCAGAGAGGAUCACUAAUUCUCUUUAUAAUAAAUAUGCUGAAUCACAAAACUACUAUUUUACAAAGGAUAUCAAUGAAAUCAUUUUAGAUCAACCAACUAAACCUAAUAUAGUAUUUAAAGUAUAUAUUUACAUUAUUUAAACUAGGAUUUAGUAUUGUUGGAUGAAGAUGUUGAAUAUAUGAAAAAAAUAUAUCAACCUCAUAGUUUAGAAAAUAAAAUGGAAGUUUUAACAGAAUUUUAUAAAGUAAUAAAUUAUAUUAAUCUCUUAGUUUCAUAAUGAUUUACCUAGAUGGGCUGUUUCAAGUUCUAUUGUAAAUAUUUUGAAUGAAUAUUACAAUUAAAAAAGAAAGCUCGAAUAUUACAAAAUUUAAAAGAUAAUUGAUGAGGAAAACAAAAAUAAUCCAGAAAAACCUCCAAAAGGUAUUGUAGGUGAUGAACCAAUCUAAACAGAAAGUACUCCUCCUUCUCAUACAAUUGAAAGCGGAAUCAUUGUUGGAAAUGUACUUGAUGAAUUACAAAAUACUCCUUCUUAUUCAAAACAAGAUUAAGAAAAAGUCAAUCGUUAAAUUAAUAAUAAUAAUGAUAUUCAUCAAUAAAUCUUAAAAAUUUAAAAAUUAAAAACUGAAAGACAAUAAGAUAAUAAUAAUAUCAUCAAAGAAUUCAAAUUAUAAUAAAUUCUUACAACUGAUAAAAUGAAAAAUAUUAAAUAAUUAAUAACAUGUUAAAAAAGACAAUUAAAAAUCAUUCAUCCUGAUUAAUGUGGUGAAUUGGAACCACCAAAACCAAAAUUAAUACAUCAAUAAAUUUUAGACUAAUGUAAUUUAUAUAUUUAUGAAGUACAUAAAAGAGUAAAUGAAAAGAUUUAAUUAAAGAAAAGAAAUUUAUUAUAAAAUAAAGAUCCAUCUAGAGAAAUCAAGAGUGUACAUUUUGGUGAAGAUAAAAAAGAAAACUUUUUCAAAUCUCCAAGAAAUAUGAAAACAUAAUGUACUUCCAAAAUGACUCCUAAAUCCUAUAGUAAAGUAGGCAAAACCCAAACAUUUCAUGAUAGUUCAUCAAGGUAAUGUCCUUUAUACAAUAAAUAUUUAGAAAACUUAACAACAACCUUUUAUCAACAAGGAAUAUUGGAGCAAAGACUUGUCAUUAAAUAAGUAAUAAUAUCAAAUCAAAAAUGCAAUAAAAACCUAUAUCAUUUAAAACUCUUACUACUCCAAGAUCUGUCUAAUAAAAGUUAUAAAUAUGA